CUUCCUGCCUGUUUCGUCUCCUUCAGUUGUUGUUUCGGAUUCUCUUUUAAAUUCGUGAUUAAGAAUUUUGUCAUUCUGAAAACUUUCAAAACAAGUAUAUUUCUCGUUCAGUGCGCCUUUAAAUAAACUAUUUAGUUUUUUUUGUCAUUUGUUGUUGCUUAUAACAAUAGUUUCUUUCUCUGAAAUGUUACGAAUAUCGACUAAUCGGAACACCAGCGAUUUUUUUAUGUCUGACGGAGACAACAUGUGGGUUGUGUAUCUAUGUAAGCAGUAGGUGUGUGGUUCAAGUUUAAAUAUUGCACAAUGUGGAAGGCGACUGCUGGACAAAAUCUACAGAUAGCUGAUGGAAAUGACGAUGACUGGGAGACAGACCCAGAUUUUGUUAACGAUGUUACUGAACAGGAACAGCGAUGGGGAUCCCGAACAGUUGAAGGCUCAGGGAGAACUGUUGGUGCAAUAGAUAUGAAAAAAUUACGUGAAGAAACUGCGGAGGCAGAUGCAGUCCUUAAACAAAGACAGUUGGAAGAUGGACCCAAAGCAGCAUUUGGCUAUGGAGGAAAGUUUGGAGUCCAGAAAGACAGGAUGGAUCAGUGUGCUGUUGGACAUGACUAUGUUGCAAAAGUAGAGAAGCAUGUGUCCCAGAAGGAUUACAGUGCAGGCUUUGGGGGCAAAUUUGGAGUGCAGAAGGAUCGGAUUGACAAGAGUGCAGAAGGUUGGGAAUAUAAAGAGAAAAUUGAAAAACAUGCGUCACAAAGGGACUACAGUUCUGGAUUUGGUGGGAAAUUUGGAAUUCAGGCAGAUCGACAGGAUAAGUCUGCAGUUGGUUGGGAUUAUGUAGAAAAGAUCGAAAAACAUGAGUCACAGAAAGAUUAUGCUAAAGGCUUUGGUGGAAAAUUUGGAGUUGAAACUGACAGACAGGACAAGUCUGCUUUGGGCUGGGAUCAUGUAGAGAAGACUGAAAAGCAUGCAAGUCAAAAAGAUUAUGCUGUUGGUUUUGGUGGAAAAUUUGGAGUCCAAGCUGACAGGCAAGAUAAGUCAGCAGUUGGUUGGGAUCAUCAUGAAAAUCUUCAUCAACAUGAAAGUCAAACGGAUCAUAAACAGGGAUUUGGUGGAAAAUUUGGACUCCAGACAGACCGAGUUGAUAAAUCAGCACAUGAUUUCAAUGCAAAACCAGAAAAAGUAGGAACAAAUUAUGAAAAAGUGAAACCAGAUGUUGGAUCUCUCAGGCCAUCCAACAUACGUGAGAAGUUCGAAAACAUGGCGAAAACUGAAGAACCAAAGCAAAAUAUUGAAGGAGAGCCCCAGAGUCCUAGUAACCAAAUAGUGAAAACUGAAGACCAUAUUAGAAGAGAAGCAGAGAUUUUGAAAACACAGCUGGUGACUCCCUCAGUACAUCACGGACAAGAAGAAGAAGAAGAAAUUGCAGAACCACCUGACAAAGUGAGCCCACCUACACCAACAGUCACGACUACACAGAACCCACUAAUUUUAGAGCCAGCAGUCACAAACCAGAGCACAGUUGCUGAUGAACAGAUGCUACCACCUACAAUAGAAGAUAAUCUGCAAUCAGAAAAUACUGCAUUGUAUGAAGUAGAAGAUACUGGCUAUACUGCAGUAGCAUUGUAUGACUAUCAAGCAGCUGCUGAAGAUGAAAUAUCCUUUGAUCCAGAUGACAUCAUUACAGGAAUAGAAAUGAUAGAUGAAGGUUGGUGGAGAGGGUAUUGUAGGGGACAGUAUGGCUUGUUCCCUGCUAACUAUGUCCAGUUGCAGUCAUAGUGAUGUGGGGCUAUAGUUCCAUUGUGAUCCCAUCAGAAAUUAUAUUGUACAGACUUUUAUGAGAAUGUGUUGACAUCUUCAUUCACACUGGGUAUUGGAUUUUAUGCAUACAGAAUAGAGGUAUCUUGAUUUUUUUAACUUGUUGUAGUAUACAUUUGUUCAGUAUUUUAAACCCUUUACAUUCUAAAUUGCUAAGUAAAAGAGCAAAUAAGUUUCAAGAAAACAUAUAUUUAUUUAUUUAUUAUUUCUGAUGUGUGUAAACUAGAUACACCGUAAUUUUUUACAGUAUAUCAUUUGUUAUCAAUUCCGAAUGAUUUUACUAAGAUUUUACACCUUUCAUUUUUCACAGUUUUAUUUUUUAUUUUAAAGAUUUAUAAUGAAAGAAUGAAUGAAUGAAUGAAUGUGAACAAAUAAGUAUUACACUAAGAAGACUGUUUAUAUAACAACGGUUUAUCAUCUUGAAUUUUAAAAAAAAAUUUGCUUGCUAUAUUCACUUCAAGGUGGUCACCUUUAAAAUGUAAAAUAAUAUGAAACCAGCCUGAGAAAUUCAGUGAAGUUUUAUUUGUAUCAGGACCUUCAACCUAUACAUAGUUUGAUAAAAAAAGAUAUGGAAUUUUUAUUUUCACCAAAAACCCGAGUUUCGCAAAAAGUGGCAUAGAACUUCCUGGCACUUAGUGACUGUACAAUCAACUCAAAGUGCUCUACACCAUUGAGAUUGAAGAACAGAGUGUGCACAACCUUCAAAUCCAGUUGAAUUUGAUGAGUUUCAUCUUCAUACACACACACACACAUGUUUCAUCACCAGUAAUGAUUCUUUUGAGCAGUUCUGGAUCAUGAUGAACUUCAUUCAUCAUCUCCUAAACAGUGUUCAAUUGGAAUUGCUUUUUGUCAGAAGUGACGAGCUGCUGAGUAAAUUUUGCUAUCAUACAUUUCAUGCCUGAUACCUGCAAAAACAUUUUGCUUUAUGUUAGCCAAAUAAUUUGCAAACUUUGUCAUCAAUAAUAAUUUUCUUUCUUUUUACAUUGUUUUUUUGUUGUCGUCAGUGUGUUCCUGGCCAUUUAUAAACAUUUUUACUAAUUGUUUUAUUCAUAGAAGUUCCAGCAAAAACAACAUUCAACAUUUCCAAUGUGGUGGUGCAAUUUAUAUCAUUCUUAAUGCAAAAUGUAAGCAAAUUCUUCAUUCCAUAUGUUAAAAAUCACCAAGUAUACCAAAGCACACAUAUCCUUUUCAGUGGGUAGCAACAAGGUAAGCUUCAGUGUCAUAUUAAAUCAGGGGCAAGUACACCACCAGAAAAUGUCACCAUUGAACGUGUACAAUCCCACACUUUCUUAAUCAAAGUUUAUAUACAAAUGCUUAAAAUUUCAUUAUAGUUGUGAUUCUUAUGAUUUUAAAAUCAGCAGAAAUAAGUGUAUUUUCUUUCUGCUUGCACCUCGAAUAAUAGUUUUUGCUUAUCUCUGUUUUUAGAAUGUAUUGCUCAUAACACAGAAAGUCUUAUAAAACACUGAUAUGUUUACAAAUGGUGGCUUUCUUGCAGUGAACAUUUACAAAUUUCAGUACAUUUAUGGUAACCAUGUAUAUUUAUGCAACACACUGAUCUUCUUAGAGUUACUUGAUAACUAAUCAUAGACAUCCUAUCCUACCUGAAGUGGAAGACAAACCUUACACUCUUCUGAAUUGCUAACAUACGCAUGAAUGAUUUUCCAAAAGUACAUUGAAGAUACAAUCAUUAUAUAUGUAAAAUAUGGCAAGUACUUAAUUGAAAAGAAACUGAUACUAUCUGUGGUUUUGAGUUGAGUUUACCUGUAUUAUCAGUACUUUAGGAAAUGAGUUAGAAGAUUUUAAGCAAUUGUAACUUCAGAUUAAACUGUUCCAAAAGAAACAGUCAUCGUUUCUUUUUAGAACAUAAUUGGUAAAAGCAUUAAGAAUGUUGUCUUACAGCCAAAUAAGUUGGUAUAUUCAAUUAGAGUAACUUGAAAUGGCUAUGUGCUACUUUGCACAAUCAUAAAGAUGUUUUAAUAUUUUGAGUAAGUUGUUUACCAUACAUUGUCAUAUAUAGUUAUUGAGUACCUUCUGUAACACAUUUUACUUGUGGU